AUGAAUAAUAUUUUAAAACUUUAUAAUAAUAAUAGCUAUAGUCAUAAAAGUUUAAUUAGAGUCAAUGGUUUAAUUAAAGGUCAUGGGAAUUUAAAUUUUAAAAGAAACUUUUCAAAACAUAAUCUUGCCGCUCCAUUUUUAUCAACUCAAGAGCAAAAUGAAAGUAAUAUCAAAAAUAACAAUAACAAUGGCACAAAUAAUAGUAUAAAUAAUAAUAGUAGUAAACCAGAUAGAGUCGGUAUUGGCAAAGAGAAUUUUAAUUUAAUAAAUAAAACAACAACAACAACAUCAACACAAACAAAAAUUUAUGAUGAAGAGAAUUUUACAAACUUCAAUUCAAAUAGUAAUAGUAAUGGAAAUAUUAAUAAUAAUAAUAAUUUAACAUCAAAUUUCGGAACCGACGGAUUAAAGUCUUUUAAAGUUAUAACACUCGAUAUUAAUGGAAACCCAGAGGAAAGAAGGAUUUAUAAAGGUGACUUAUCAAGUGAACUAAAAUUACAAGCACGUGAUCUUAGAACUAUUGAUCCAUCAUUUCCACCACAAAUGCCAUCUAUAUUGGUUAGAGAUAAAGUGGUUUUAAUAAGUAUUGGUGCCGUUAGAGCAAUUAUUCAAUAUAAUAGAGUAAUGUUAUUCGAGACCCAAAAUGAAUCCCUUCGUGACGAAGUUAUAGUUAAUAUUAAAGAUGCAGUACAAUCAAAUUACGAGUAUUUGCCAUUACCAUUUGAGUUUAGAGUAUUUGAAUCCAUAUUGGAUUUGGUGUGCAGAAAGUUGGAUUUGGAAUUUAGAAGAAUGCAAUCACUCAUCGAAAAAGAGUUACAAUUGUUAAAUGAGAAUCCAGAGCACAAUCUAGAAGAGUUGCUUUUGUACCAUAAGAAGGGUUUAAAUCAAUUUGAAGUUAAAAUUAAAGAGAUUAUCGAUGCGAUUACAGAUGUACUUCAAUCAGACGAGGAUAUGGCCCUUAUGUAUCUUUCAUUCAGACAUGCUACCGGUGGUGCUAGAAGAAAAAAUCAACAUGAUGAAAUCGAAAUACUUUUAGAAACUUAUACUAGACAACUUGAACAAAUGUCAAGUAACAUUUCACAACUUAAAGAGACAUUAAAUUCAACUGAAGAGUUCGUUAAUUUCCAAUUAGAUACAGCAAGAAACAAGAUUAUGAGCAUUCAAUUAAUGCUAAGUAUUUUAACAAUUUCAACAGGUUUAGGUGGUGUCGUAACAGGUACAUUCGGUAUGAAUUUGGUUUCAGGCUUGGAGCAUUCCCCAUAUGCAUUUGCAACUGCAUGCGGAGCUAUUGGUUGCAUUGGUUUCUUAACAUUUGCAGGUUUAAGAAAAUAUUGUCAAGUUAAAAAUAUUUUACCAUACACUAAAAAGACACCAAAUCAUUUAAAGUUGGGUUUGGGAUUCAGAAAUGAUUCAUUCAUCAAUCCACUUAGAGAUAAUGUUUUAUUAAAAGAGCAAUCACAGCAAAUAUUAAAAGACCAACAAAAUGCCAUUGGCCAACUACAACCACAAAUCACUAAUGAUCAACCACAGCAGCUAUUAAAGGACUAUAAAGGUCAUCCCCAAUCACAAACUCAAUACGAAACCGAAUUUAAUAGAGAGUUUAAAGAUGCAAACAUCCUUUUUGAAAACCCUCAAAACCAAAAAGACCCCAGAGUAAAAAUAACCCAAAAGUUAAACAAAAUUCAACAAGAUCGUAUACAACGUCAACACACGCAACAACCAAUAUAACCAUAUUGUUAUUCAUUCAACACAAAUCCAGGACCAACAUUCCCAAAUCCCAAAAUUACAAGAGGCUCCAAUAUCAAUUAAUCGGCCCAACAAACAACAACCAGGAUCAACAAAAUUCUUAAGAAAACACCACCAAAAACAACAACAAAACCUUCUAGUAUUAUUCAACCACCAAUUACCAAUAUGAUGAACAAAUAAAACCAAAAUAACCCCUACCACUUCCCAAGAUGAUACAAAUAAUAAUGAUAUUCCCGAUGAAGGUUUAACUUUUAAUCAUUUAAAUCAAUCUCCAUCACAAAAAAAAACUGUACCAUUUGCUAACAACAACAACAAUAAUAAUACUCAUCCAACUCCAGUACUUUCAAAAUUCUGGAAAAUUUUACAAGAAGAAACUAUUAAUCCAAACCAAACCAAAACCACAACCCCAAAAUAAAAUAAAUAAAAUUGUAUUAAUUUCAUUUUU